AGCAGCUCAGUGCGCAGGCGCAGGACCCCCAGCCAACAUGGCGGCGCCCGGAUCCUCGGCUGGGGAGUUUGAAAAGUGGCUGAACGAGCGGUUGGAUGGCCUCGGGGCGGACCGGGAGGUGUACGGAGCUUACAUCCUCGGCGUGCUGCAGGAGGAGGAGAGUGACGAGGAGAAGAGCGACGCGCUGAACGGCAUCCUGUCCGCGUUUGUGGAUGAAGACACGCUCGAGGAGGUUUGUCAGCAGAUCCUGAACCAGUGGAGCGACUGCUGCUCUCGAGCCGCAGCCUCCGGAAAUCAGCCAGAAGAUGAGGUUCAGGCCAUCGCUAGUCUGAUCGAGAAGCAGGCUCAGAUGGUGGUCAGACAGAAGGAAGUCUCAGAGGAGUCCAAGAAGAGGAAAGAGGCACUGCUCGCUCAGUACGCGAACGUCACGGAUGAGGAGGAUGAAGGGGAGGACGAGGAGGAAUCAGCAGGAGCAGCUCUUGGAAUCCCAAGCGACAAGUCCCUGUUCAAGAACACCAACGUAGAGGACGUGUUGUGCCGGCGCCGGCAGCAGCGCGAGCAGGCCAAGGAGGACUCGCAGAAGAAGAAGGAGCAGGACAAGAUGCAGCGUGAAAAGGACAAGCUCGUCAAGCAGGAGCGCAAAGACCGCGAGAAGAAGCGCACACAGAAGGGCGAGCGCAAGAGAUAGACCACUAAACCGAUUACGGACUAAAACCCCCAAGACGUGAGAGACGCGUGGACUUUGUUCUAUUUUUUUUUUUCCUUUUAUUAAAAAAAAAAAAUUCUGAUCUUCAACACCACUCCUUAAACCACCCCUACCCCCAGGUGCUGCUCACUGGGGUGUUGUGUAUCCCUGCUUGGAAAAACACACAAGAACAUUCUGGUGUGUAUGAGGGUUUGUGGUACAUGUAUGCUUUUAACACUCGUUCUCCACACGCUGAAUACAUUUAUUGUUUAAUGUAAAAAAAAUGUUUGUUUUUUUAAACACAGAUGCCUAAAUGUCUUUCUGAAUAUGGUGUGGAUUAAAAAGCGCUGCUCCA